AUGAAUUUCCAAGCUCUUAAUAAAAGCCCAAAAGACCAAACUGUUUUGAUACAAAGUCAUACACCAGAUGCCCGGAUCCAAGUCCCUCAAACCAUGAAGUGGUCAGAGGUUACCCUUCCAAAAGAAUGGACCUUAGUCACCGAGAGUCAGCCAGCUCCCAUACAACGCAGUCUAAACAAUUUAGACUACAUUCAACAAUACCUAGAUGGCACAGUAAAAAUCAGAUUUGAUAAUCAACCCCUAAAGAAGUCUAAUGUCCAGUUACAACAGUUACCAACCCCUGGUCAGUCCCAGAGACAUGCCCCUGCUAGACGCUCUUUUGCUGCCUCUUCCUCUACUCUAGAACGAGACCUAGAGUUAGAAAAAGCCAUGAUUGAUUUCAAACUUGAAUCCAUGAGAAAAUCCUCUCAGGUAAACCAACCUUGCUACGGCAAGGCACCAGUUCAAGACGAUAAGUCCGUUUCCCCUGAGUCACCUACACAGUCUGACUUCUUAGUUGAAAACUUUGCAGCAGUUGAUAACCAGCUUAGGACCCUUAAUAGGAAAUUUGAGAUUAAUUGGAAACGUCUAGAUUCUCACCUUAAAUCUCCAAAAAAUCAACAUAGAAGAGAUAAUUACCACCAAGCCUGUCCUGAUAAUGAAAGCCGUCAAAGAAUCUUUAAUGAAUGGAAAGAUUAUAUGCGAUCUGCCAAAGUUGAAAUUUUCUACCUUGAUUUUGUUGAAAGCCGUUACAUGUCUAGUAAGCUAAAAACCCUAACUAAAGAAAAUGGAAAUUGA